AUGGAGGUGCCCGGCUCCGGGGCACCCCCAGAUUUCAGCUCUGGGCCUGUCCCUUCUGAAGACUGGACCCCACAAAAAGAGGAUCUUAGCAACAAGAUUAAAGAACAAAAAGUUGUUGUGGAUGAACUUUCUAACCUGAAGAAAAACAAGAAAGGAUAUAAGCAUCAGCAAAACAGCAACUUAUUCUUUCUGGCAGACUGAACUGAAAUGCUUUCUGGAAUAAAAAAUAUAUUGGAUGAACUGAAAAAAGAAUACCAAGAAAUGGAAAACUCAAAACUAAGGUCAAGAGUGUGUGGCAUUUGUUCUGUCAGCUUUGCUGCUGAACAUGUCAGCAGAGAUUUGAGAGUGGACUUACUGUACCAUCUUAAACAGCGAGGGCCCAGCAGCAGUAAACAGUUGUUAAAGUGUGAUGCUAAUUACCAGCACUUGUUUUCUGGACACACCCUUCACUUGAGAGGCGUUGUAACUGCCCAGCCUUUGGAAGAUGAAGGAGGCAAUGUGUUCCUAUGGAAUAGAGAAGUCUUUAGUGGAAUAAAAGUCGAAACUCAGGAGAAUGUUACUCGAAUUAUGUUUAACUGUCUUUUCUCUUGUACAAAUGAAUCUGACAUUUUGUCACUCUUCUCAAACGCCCAGGGUCCUUGGUCUUUCAUAUAUUAUCAAGCAUCUAGUCAUUCUUUACGGUUUGGUGGGGACUUUUUUGGGCGCCGUAGCUUGCUUUGGCAUUUUAACAACUUGAGUGAAAGUUUCUGCCUCUCUUCAGUUGGCACCCAGACAUCUGGAGAGGCCAGUCAGUGGCAGGAAGUUCCCGUAUCUGGAAUUUUCAGAAUUGAUCUGUCUACUGCCACUUCCAAGUGUGUGAUUUUAAAAUUAUAUACUUGGAAUUCUAAUUUUGGGAAGAAGGUUAUCCAAAAAUGUGUUGGUAGCCUGACCCAAAUUUCAGCAAAUUUGCCUAAGUUUGUAUCGGUGGAAGCAAGUGAAGCCAAAGUAUAUCUUGAAAAACCUAUUGUUCCUUUAAAUAUGAUAUUGCCACAAGGUCCCUUUGAGACUCAUUGCACCGACAUUUCCAGAGGCCCACCUACAAGAGAGACCCUUCAAGUCUGUCUCAAACACACGAGGGAAGUGGUUCAACAGUUCAUUGAUGUCCUGAGCAUUUCAGUCAAGAGGCGGGUCUUAUGUUUACUGAGGGAUGAUAGCUUGAAGCCAAAUGAAGCUUUGGAAACUCGCGGUAGGAAAGCAAAUGUCACAAUUCUCUUUUCUGGAGGCAUUGAUUCCAUGGUUAUAGCAACCCUUGCUGACCGUCAUAUUCCUAUAGAAGAACCAAUUGAUCUUCUUAAUGUGGCUUUCAUGACUACAGAAAAGGCCAGGCCAACCCGUUUUAACCUAAACAAGUGUAAGCGGAAAAAUCAUUGUAAGUUCACUUCUGAAGAAUGUGUUCUUGGGGUACCCCCUCAUACCAACCCUUCAGCGGAAUUAAAAACUUUUAAUAUUUAUCUAAAGAGACCUGGUGGUGAUGUGGGAUAA